UUUCAAAGAAGGAUGGCUUACAUCCCGGUUCGACAGGUGCUAUCUAAUAAGAUGAAGGAUGUUAUUCAGUCUUAUCUUGGGCAUCUGUCUCAGCAGAUAGAAUACUUCAGACCAAUAAUGGAAGAACCAUCUAUUGUGUUGGCUGCAGACAGUGAUGUUGAUGAAGUAGAUCUACAAAAAGUCAUGAGUAAAAUACAGCACAAAAAGAAGUGUAAAUUCCAGCACAAUUGUGGUUUGAGAACAUAUGUUCAUAUUGAGAAGAAUAUUCCAAUACAAAGUGUAUUAACAGAUUCUGUGAUAACAUGUGGAAUAAAUUCUGAUGAACUCUUUCUUGAUGAAUCCAUAGAUAUUGGUGAAAAAACAAGCACACAAUCUGGUGAUGAUGGUCAUCACCUGGACGAUGAAGUGAGAAAACACUAUAAAGUGGACACAAGUACAUUGUCUUCCUCUUCAGAUAAACCUUGUCAAAAAGAAGACUUUCCAGAAGAUACAAGUAAUCAGCGACCAGUACCAUCUUUGGAUCAGUAUUUAGCUCUUGAUUGCGAAUUUUUCGGAGUCAGCUUAAAUGGAGCUGUCCGUGGAAUAAGGCGCUGUACUGUUGUGGAUUAUCAUGGCAAGGUUGUUUAUGACAUGUACAGGUGUUCUGAUGAAAUCAUCACUGACUACCCUAUCAAUACCCGCUACAGAGGCAUCUGCUCUGGUCGCAGGACCAAUGCUGUACCUUUUAAAGAUAUGCAGAAAACGGUGAAAGAUUUAGUGAAGGGCAAAAUCUUAAUUGGCCAUGGCAUCCUUUCGGAUUUGCAUAUUCUGGGAAUAAAGCACCCUGCGGAGAUGAUUAUAGAUACUUACACUCAUCCAUGCAUGAAACAACUAGCCAGGGAUAGGAAAUGUAAAGUAGCUUCUCUCAAGGGUCUUUCCCUGUGGCUUCUUGGUAAGAAAAUACAGGUAACUGGUUCUCACAGCCCAGUUGAGGAUGCUACAGCUGCCAUGGACUUAUUUAAACUGAUGAGAAAGGAGUGGGAAGAGUCAUCAUUUCUGCCUAACUCCACAUCAGAUGUCGAUCUGCCUAACUCCACAUCAGAUGUCGAUCUGCCUAACUCCACAUCAGAUGUCGAUCUGCCUAACUCCACAUCUGACAUCCACUGUAAUAGUACAAUAAGAUCACAUUUUGUACAGAUCGAUGGAAGUGAGAAGGAUGAGGAGCUGUUGGGAGACGAGUUUAGGCCCAGGAACUGUGAGACAGAUGUCCCUGAGACUCCACUAGACAGUGUAAAUAACAUUGGCUAUGGUACAUCAAACAGAAAUGUCUAUGAUAAAGUUCCUUUAAGUCCAAUCAAUGAAUUAUUAAUGAUUGUUGACAAGUUACAAUGGGAGCAACCAGACUAUCAAUACAAAUGGCAGUCAUCAGGAAUGGUUGUUUGUAAGCUUUUGGUGAACGGUGAAGAAUAUGAGUCAGAUGCCUUUCGUAGUAAAAAAAAAGCCAAAGCAGCUGCGACAGAAGGAUUUUUUUGUCAUCAUCGGAAAUCAAACAAAGAAACCAACAGAAGUGUAAUAGAACGGUUAACCAGCAGCGAUAGAGAGAACACAAGCAAAAUGUCAUCAAUAAGGAAUGCUGUCUCUGCAUUGAAUAUUAUCUACCAAGACUUAGAAUGGGAUAUUCCAGUGUACCAGUUUGAAAGACAAUGUUCAGAGUCCACCGAUAAGUUUGUUUGUAAGCUUAUGGUCGAUGGUAGAGACUAUCAGUCAGAAGCCGUUUCCAGUAAAACUGAGGCCAAGGAAGCAGCAGCACAGUCCUUUUUUACAUAUCAUCAGAGAUCCGAGAGUGAUACCUAUGAGGAUGUUAUAAAACAUUUAAUCCAAACAGGAAACAAAAUAAGGAGACAAGAUCAAAUACACUUUGGUGAACAAUUCCCUGAACAAUUCCUGCACCAAUCUUGUGUAAAACGUGGGUGGCAGGCACCAGUAUAUGAGCUUGUCAGUGAGAAUGAUUCCCCUGGUUAUGACCAGUUCAUAUAUAAGGUGAUUAUAAACUUAUCAAAACCCGGUGAGGAUAACACCAAGAAGGUUCUUUUUAACUCUCAUGAAUUCCAAGGGUCGGCAAAAAGCUCAAAGAAAAAGGCCAAGAAAGAUGCAGCAAAAAUGUGUAUAAUGGAACUAAGACGUGCUGGUUACAUUAUCCCAUAAUACAGCAGACCAUUUGAUGAUAAAGUUGUGUCUUUCAGAACUAGGACAUACUGGUUACAUUUCCCAAAACACAGCAGACCAUUUGAUGAUGAAGUUGUGUCUUUCAGAACUAGGACAUACUGGUUACAUUUCCCAUAACACAGCAAACCAUUUGAUGAUGAAGUUGUGUCUUUCAGAACUAGGACAUACUGGUUACAUUUCCCAAAACACAGCAGACCAUUUGAUGAUGAAGUUGUGUCUUUCAGAACUAGGACAUACUGGUUACAUUUCCCAUAACACAGCAAACCAUUUGAUGAUGAAGUUGUGUCUUUCAGAACUAGGACAUACUGGUUACAUUAUCCCAUUAUACAGCAGACCAUUUGAUGAUGAAGUUGUGUCUUUCAGAACUAGGACAUACUGGUUACAUUUCCCAUAUGUUUGGAAUGCAAAAGUAAAACAACAUAUGUCUAGUUAAAUGGUAAGGUGUGGAGACAUAAAUAUAUCAUUUGAUAUUUUAAAACACAGAAAAUAGCAUUGUGUAUAAAAGGAAUCCAUUGUGUAUAAAUGACAAUCUUUUAAUA